AAACAGAAGUUGCACGGGGCGUAGCACUAGUUGUGCUAUGUGUACACAUGCCCUAUCUUCUGCAACAAGUCUUUUGGAAUUUUUACCGUUAGCUCAUGGAAGAGGACGCAGAAAUCUUCUUGUACCUGGUAGAGUUAGUUGUGAGUUAUGUCAUCUGAACGAGUGUGUUGUGUGUCCUGUGGCGGUGCAGGCAGACGUUUGAAGUCAGUGUCUUGCUUGCACUCAGUCUGUGUAGCAUGUUUAGAGGAGAGCAUUCACCAUGAUGGCUACAUCAAGUGCCCAAAAUGCUUUAGCAAGACACCCAUACCAACUGUAGCCUUUCCUUUGACCCACUUGCCGGAUAGCUAUCCAAAGCAGUAUGGAGAUGAGACGGGAGCAUCAGCCACCAAUGUACAGGUGAUGUGUGAUGAUUGUGCUGAUGAUGAACAUGCUACAGCUAGGUGUGAAGACUGUGGAGUAAAUCUUUGCAGUGCGCAUGCUGUCAGCCAUCCACUCUUUCGAGCCACACGCAAUCAUAAACUGACAUCACUCUCUGCUGAGCAACAGGAGACUCCCAGCGAGCGGGGUUCUAUUCAGCACUAUUGUGCUGUUCAUCCCAGACAGGUGUUGAGCAGAUACUGCGUUCAGUGUAAUCAACUGGCGUGCCAGAAAUGCAUGGACGCUGGAGCUCACAGUGACACUGACACUCACCACCAAGUGUUGCCCAUUGAAGCAGCAGCACAGAAAAUGCAUGAAACUGUGGAGGGCAACAUCAGCAGUUGUAUAUCUGAUAGUGAGGGUGUGAUCUCUUCAGCUCUUGGAAAAGUGCAAGCUGAGAUUAGUACUGUAAAUGAUGAUGCAGAGUUUGCCUCAAAGGAGAUCACAGAGCAAUUCAAUUUGCUGAAGGAGGUAUUGGAAGCCAGGGAGAAGACACUCCUAGAUGAGGUGGAUCGACAGAAGAACGGCAAACUCGUGCAGCUUGAAGCUCAGGUGUGUCGGUUACAGGAUAGUCUUGUCCAUGGUAGUACUGUUUCGACAAUAUUCAAGUCCUGCUCUGACCAGACAGAUUUCCUCAAGAUUGCACAUUGGCUGAACAGUGCUAUUGAUCAAAGAAAGAAUGUGGCCGAGAAGGAUGCGGAGCCGUGUGUCCACAGUCACAUCAGCUAUCACGGUAUCAAUGCAAAGAAUGCUACCAAGGAGAUUGAAGAAAUCGGCAAGGUGGUCGACUUCACCCAGUUCUCGGAUGCAUUGACCGUUUCUGCACAAGAUACACGUGUGAAUGCGGAUAUGAGUAUUGUGUUGAAGGGUGCCACGCUGUCAGUACCAUUUGAAGAGUGUGCUGAUCGCCUUCGAUUCAAGAUUUCCGUCCAUGAUGGCAGUCAUGAAGAAGUGCCUGUAGCAGAACUGCAGCAGGUCUCAUCAGAUUGUCUGCAGUCCAAGUGCGAGCAGCUGAAAGAGACUGGUCAGUUGACGGUGUCGGUUCAGUACGGACAGCGACACGUGCAGGGCAGUCCCAUGGAAGUUAACGUAUACCCCUAUGUACAGCCGGUGUUUGAUCAGAGCCGCUGUUGUGGAGAUAUCACCAUCAGCAAUGCAGGCUGCACCGUAAGAAAAGGGCAACAUGGGUGUACAUCAGUGUGCACAUUAUCUAUCCCUACUAACCAUGGUACCAGCAGCAUCAGGCUAAGAAUAGACAAAACUCACAACGGCUACAUGUAUAUCUGCGCUUGUUCCGCCACUGUACCACGACUAGAUAAUGUACACCGUGUUAAGACGGAGGUAUUUGGCUGGAAUGGCUGUGACGGUUACAAAGAGUGCAAUGGUGGUCAACUUGGACAGCGGUGGGUAGCAGGUGAUAUCAUCUCUCUGGAGCUCGACCAUGACAAUCAAACACUAACCGGUUAUCACGAGCGCACUGACAGCAGGGAGGUACUUCACGGCAUCACCGGUACAUGCUGCUGGUAUGUAUGCGUGUGCUGGGAAGAUGAUCAAGUCACGAUACUGUAGAUCAUAGCUGUUAACGCUUUCAAGAACCAACACUGUAUGCAUCAGUCAUACGAGCACUUAGAACAAUCUGGAAAUUCGUUCAGUGGUAGCCCGAUUGUAUAGUAAUCACCGUUCACAUAUAUUCUUAGCUUUCCUCCUUCUGUCGCCGAAUUUCAGCAGUUUUCCACGAAACCCCAAAAUUCCUAGGUUCAUUUCACUUUAUACUUCCUGCGUGAGCGGAGGAAACACGACUGCCAAAAUGUAGCAGAUUCCCUAGCUAGUGUGUAAACAUGAUCGAACUGUUGGGGUUGCUAGCUCACACCAUGGCUGUGUCGUGUGGACUGUGCUGGGUUGUGUAUUGCUGUCCCAUAUGCUGUCGGAACCGGCAGAAUGUUUU